GUUAUAAGAAUAACCAAGAAAACAGAAAACAAAAAAAAAAACACAAAACUCCAAAACAAAGAAGCAUCGUAGCAUCUUUAGGGUGAACAGUUUUAUUUCCGUAUCACUUUCCGGGCGGUCUGAAGAAUCUGGAUGGUAAUCCAUGGGAGCGAUUGGGCAAUUUCUUCCUUGCAAAGCCAUGGAAGUGAACACCACCUCUGGAGGUGCCAAGGCCCACAGUGGGAACUAUCAACAGAAUCUGGAAAAUAAGGAUGAGGAGAGAGCUCAGCCAUACACAGAAGAAGAAGAAGAAAAGAAAAAGGGAGCCAUGGGCAAGAAAACAUGGCAUGAAUGGAUCAAGGAAAUAAAGGUCUUCCUAUGGAAUCCAGAGACAAGGCAAUUCAUGGGCCGAACAGCUCAGAGUUGGGGCCUGAUCCUCUUGUUUUAUCUUGUUUUAUACACUUUCCUGGCGGGAAUGUUUGCCUUUUGCUUGUAUGUCAUGUUGCUCACCCUGAGCCCCUACACGCCGCGAUACAGGGACAGAGUUGCUCCACCAGGAGUUAUGAUUAGACCGUACGUGAAAAACACAGUCAACAUUGCCUUCAACAUCUCCCAGCAAAGCUCGUGGCAACCUUAUGCCGAAAACUUGGAGCAGUUCUUAAAAGAUUAUGAUGACUCUGUUCAAGAACACAAAAAUAUUCCGUGCACACCGGGCCAAUAUUUCACUCAAGAGGACAAUGAGAGUAGCAUGAAAAAGGCUUGCCAAUUUAAGCGAUCCACGUUAAUGGAUUGUUCUGGAAUAAACGAUACAACGUUCGGUUACUCUGCAGGACAGCCUUGCAUCUUGCUGAAGAUGAAUCGAAUUAUAGGUUACAAGCCUGGAUAUGGGAAUCCAGUGACUGUGAGUUGCAAAGUUCAGAAAGGCAAUGAAAGCGCUCUCCAAGGGAUAGAGUUCUAUCCAAGUGAGACGUUUGACCCCAUGUACUUCCCUUACUAUGGCAAGCACACACAUGUCAAUUACACACAGCCAGUGGUGGCUGUCCAUUUUCCGAACGUGCCAAAGAACCAGAUUGUAAACAUUCAGUGCCAACUGAACGGGAAGGGGAUCAUCAAUAAUUAUAACAACGACCGGUUUCUGGGGCGAGUGGUUUUCAUGCUGAAGAUUGGAAACUAGAUCCAGGAAAUGUUUGACAACACUGUUGUUGUUUUUCAAAAGGCAGAUGGAUGUUUUUUUCACCAGGGGGGAGAAAUGUCCAUUAACCACAAGUGACAAGAAACAUUCAGAUCUGCUUUUUUGGGACUGUAUUUUCAUUUUCUUCACAAACAAGCAAACAACAAAAAGAAAGAGGAAUAGCUUGUAAAAUAUAUAGACUGUAGAACAGGCAAAAUGUCAGAAUCAUUCAUCCUGCUGCACACAAUAUGAGUCACGUAAGAAAACUUUUAAAAAAGUAUCUUAAACAUACAAGAUAAUUCAAUGAGAUCUUUCAUGGAUGCAUCAGCUAGACUGGUAUUCAACAGAACACAGGCAAUUGAGCCAUUGCUUUCAAGUACAAAAGAAACAGCUUUUAUUUGUCUUCCUCCCUUUUCUCCACCCCGUACAUUGUCCAUAAAGAAGUGAAUCAACUGGUCACCUAUUAAUAACCCAGUAUGUUAGGUUGGCACUCUUAAUGCCUGAGUAAAUAAGUCUACAGACUCCUUCUGGAUUUUUUUUCAAGGAGACAAUUAAUAAGACAAUCUUAAAAGAGUGUUCCAAGAUGGUAUCUGCCUGGUUCAAAAGCCCAGCGUGAGCCAUAAACAUCACAUAGAUUGACAAGGUCUGUGGCUUCGACUGAUACCGACAAGCUUUGAUCUGGGAAAACACAAAUGCUCUCCGGUGCCAAUUCCCCGUUGCUUUUCAGGCUCCUUGCCACCACAACAGCAAUAAUCUCCUAACAGCAUUGGGCUCAUCAUUUCUACUCCUCUGUUCCCCGAAGGACACAAGGCUGUCGUCCUGCUUGCCAUCGGUGUGCUAAGCCAAGACUGAAAGGGUGUACAUACAGAUGGGUGUUUCCUGGGGCUGCCCCUUCAUGCUUGGACCCCCCUUUCUCUCUAACAGUUCACCUGCUUCAGUGUCAAGAUGCCUUUGGGAGGUAUUGUCAACCCAAUGACUGUGGGCAUUCAAGGAGAGGAGACGGCGGGUUUAAUCAUUGCGAUUGGAAGUUCUAUUAUUAACAUAUUUUCACUUGACCCCAUGCUCUUUGGACAGGGUGGCCUGUGUAUCGAAAUGGAUUAGUAAAAAGGAAAAAAAAUCUACUGUGCACUGAUCUCAUUUU